UUUUUUUUUGCCCUCUGACAAAUGCUGUACCAACUGCUCUUCUUCUACUUCAUCAUUCUCCUAACAACCUUCAGGGGCAUUUAGCAAUAUCAACAAGCAGAGUAGAAUUGCAUCACCAACAUGUUACUUUCUCUGUCCUUCUUCUUGAAAAUGUGCCACCAGCUGCUCUUCUUCUACUUCAUCAUUCUCCUAACAACCUUCAGGGGCAUUUAGCAAUAUCAACAAGCAGAGUAGAAUUGCAUCACUCUAACAUGUUACUUUCUCUGUCCUUCUUCCUGAAAAUGUACCACCAGCUGCUCUUCUUGUACUUCACCGUUCUCCUAACAGCCAUCAGGAGGGGUUUACCAAUUCCAUUCAACAGAGUAGACUCGCAUCACUUCAAUAUGCUACGUUUCCUUCUCCCCUCUAGCUAUUGUACCAGCACCCGCUUUUACUGCUACAAACUUCAGCGGUGUUUCGUAAUCUGACGUACGCGUAGCAUCGGAUAACUACAGUCUGCUACGUUCUUUGUCUCGCUUCUACGAACUGUACUGCUGAGUGCUUUUAAUCCUCCUCUUCACCUUUAAGUAUCUGACUGACCUAUUCCUCUCGCCCUCCGCCGACUAAUAAGGAACAGAGACAACAAGAGAGACAGAGGCACACCAUAACGUUCUUCACCCAUCCUUAGACCUUUCCCUAAAGUCUUAAAAACCGACAAGAUUGACAUGAGUGAGAGAAAAAUCGUGGUGUGUUUUUCAAUGUGGGUCACGUGAUUAAUGACUGUGACUGAGGGAGGAGGGCUUGGAGGAGACGGGGGAGGAAGAGGAGGAUGAAGAAGAGGAGGAGGAAGAGGAUGAUGAAGGAAGGUAAUGGAGGAGAGUCAUCUUCUGAAGUGGAGGCAAAAGUUCAAGAUUUUCUCAAGCAGAUAUUGCAGGAGUUGUGUGACGGCGUGGCUCUAGGUAAUGUUAAGGAGGCAGGCUUUUCAAGUGAGGCAAGUAACGUCACCGCUUUCCUGUCUGCCGCGGAGAUGGACGGCGAGAGGCGAGGCACAAAAAAGGAUGAGGAGAAGGAGAAGGACGAGGCGGAGCAGAAGAUGGCCGUGCUGUAUAUAGUGUGCGUGCUCCUCUUCUUCGCCGCCUCCAUCGUCGUGCUCUUGGUCCGACACGUGAGGCGGGAAAAGGAAACGAAAGGGAUUGAGGCUUUCUAUCGUGAAUACCUGCUGAUCGCCAACGCUGCCGCCAGCCCCAUCCAGUUCUUCACUAAGGAAGGGCGGCCACUACCAGGGACAGACCUUUCCUCGUCUUAUUCACGGCCGCGGCGAGGAAGCCUUCCAGCCAUCAUAACAUCGAGCUCCCAAAGACCCACCCGGCGCUCAAGUUAUCACGGCACAAGCUUAUCGAGCUCCCCGAGACCCAUACGUCGCUCAAGUCAUCACUGCCUAAGCUUAUCGAAUUCCCGAAGCUCAGGUCAUCACCCCACAACCUCAACGAACUCCCAAAGUCCCAUCUCGAGCUCAAGUCAUCACCACGCAACCUCAACGAAUUCCCAAAGUCCCAUCUCGAGUCAUCACCCCACAAGCUUAUCGAACUCACAAAGAUACACUCAGAGCUCAAGUCAUCACCCCAUAACCUCAUCUUGCACCCAAAGCCCUGUUCCAAGCACUAGUUUUCACGUUAAACUUUCUGCACCCUCUCAAACCUUCAAGGGACCAAGUUUUGACACCUCUACCUCAAGACCAGGCCAGCUCUCCACCGCCCCCUCGACCGCCCCAGCAGCGAUGUAUUGGUCCAGCGAAUCCUCCGGGAGUGACUUGGACGAGGAUGUUGUUGAUGUUAGUGGUUUGCGUGUAAAUAAUCCGCUUCUCAGGACUCCACAGAUACCUCACUCACCGGGUCGUUCAUAUGGCAUUACCUGCGUUUCUAGCACACCUGAACACACAAGGCAGUCAGACGAGGAUGUUGUUGAUGUUAGUGGUUUGCGUGUAAAUCAACCGCAUCUCAGGACUCCACAGAUACCUCCCACACCGGGUCGUUCAUAUGGCAUUACCUGCGUUUCUAGCACACCUGAACACGUAAAGCAGUCAGCCAGUGGUGUCAGUGUUGAUAUCAGUUGCUUAUCUAUCGCUCAAAUGCCCGCCAGCACACUCAACAGACCUCAAACAUCUUCUAAUCGCACUAUAUCUGAAGUUACCUGCCUCCCCGACACACCUGUACGAUUAGAUGAUUCGACAGACGGUGUGAGCGUUGAUUUUUGUGGUUUACGUGAAGCGCAGUUGCCGUAUGGGACUCCAAGGAAGCCUGACACACCUAUUAAUUAUGCAGGGCGUGAGGUUGCCUGCUCACCUGCCACACCUUUACAGUUAAACAAUGCUGGCCCGUCCCUCGCACCUCACACACCUGCUAAUUGUACCGUACUUGAUGUCACCUACUCGCCUAACUCACCUGUCCAGUUGCACAAUAUAGAAUUACCUACAACACCGCACACACCUACUUAUUAUGCCCUACCUGUCGCCACCUCACCUGCCACACCUGAACAACAACACAACAGGACAAUUACCGCAUCAAGUUACGUUAAUAAAGGUCAAUACGGUGGUGGAUACAACACUACAGCAGCCUUACCAAAUACAAAAGCUGAAGAUUUUGGAAAGGUACCCUCAACAACGAGUCAGCUUCCUAGUGUUAAAUAUGAUGAUGGAACUACCAGUGGAAGUACGGAAGCGUUUAAACAUUGUGGGACUAAAGAUCUUGUUAGUGAAGGCGGCCAAACGGAAUAUCACUCAUCAAUAGCCGAUGUUACAAGGGCUCCAACCCAUCCACUCGCUGAGGUUAGCAAAUCGGAAUGCAUCCUAACAGAACUCAAUGUUGGAAACAGUGCAACAUGUUCAAUCGCUGAAAAUUUAACGUUACCACAAAACGCAACAAAUGAAGUUACUAAAGAGUCGGAACACAUUGAUGUCACCUCCAUAACACCUGAUCUAGUGCCAGCAUCCAAUACAAGACCCUCUGACACCCUCACCACCACCACCACCACCACCACCACCAACACAACCGGGCCAGGUGCAACCCCCAAAAGGAGGUUUAGCGGAAGGCCCACAUCCCUGUAA